AUGGUGGGAAGCCCCUCCACCUCUCUAUGGAACCAGAGGGCUGUGUGUGAUGGAGGAGUCUGGGCCGUAGGCUACAGGUCAUGUGGUCUCAGACUGACCAACCAGACUGCAGCACACCUGAGGGAUGGGGUGAGGGCAGUUCACAUAGACUGACACCAGACUGCAGCGCCCAACUCCUGAAGAGGUGAUGGCAGCCUCGGAUAUCAUCGACUUCCUACAGCCGCCCUUGUAGACAGACCAAAAGCCUCAUUUCAGAACAGACCAGCCUCAGUGCCAUCAGAACCCCAAAGGUAUCGGGUCAUUUUAUGACGGAUGCAUUGUAUUUUCUGUACGGCUGCCAAAGACAAACUCGUUUUAUAAUGACAACCAUAACGUGAUCAACAGACAGUCUUGAAUCUGCAGCAGUGAAAAGGCACAGUCAACACUAAGUUGACUGUGCCUUUAAACAGCUUGGAAAAUUCCAGAAAAUUAUGUCAUGGCUUUAGAAGCUUCUGAUAGGCUAAUUGACAUAAUUUGAGUCAAUUGGAGGUGUACCUGUGGAUGUAUUUCAAGGCCUACCUUCAAACUCAGUGCCUCUUUGCUUGACAUCAUGGGAAAUAAGAAUGUGUUCUUAUUUUUUGUAUUUUUUAUUUAACCUUUAUUUAACUAGGCAACUCAGUUAAGAACAAAUUCUUAUUUACAAUGACGGCCUACACCGGCCAAACCGACGCUUGGCCAAUUUUGCGCCGCCCUAUGGGACCGGCCGGUUGUGAUACAGCCUGGAAUCGAACCAGGGGGUCUGUGAUGACGCCUCAAGCACUGAGAUGCAGUGCCUUAGACCACUGCGCCACUCGUUAAAUACACUUGCAUAGUUAAAUAAAAAUAAAUAAAAAUAAAAUUACAUUCCUGCAGUCAGCAUGCCAAUUGCACAUUCUCUCAAAACUUGAGACAUCUCUGGCAUUGUGUUGUGUGUCAAAACUGCACAUUUUAGAGUGCCUUUUAUUGUCCCCAACCCAAGGUGCACCUGUGUAAUGAUCAUGCUGUUUAAUCAACUUCUUGAUAUGCCACCCCUGUCAGGUGGAUGGAUUAUCUUGGCAACAGAGAAAUGCACACCAACAGGGAUGUAAACAAAUUUGUGCAAAAUAAGCUUUUUUUUGCAUUAGGAACAUUUCUGGGAUCUUUUAUUUCAGCUCAUGAAACCAACAUUUUACAUUUACAUUUUUAGUCAUUUAGCAGACGCUCUUAUCCAGAGCGACUUACAGGAGCAAUUAGGGUUAAGUGCCUUGCUCAAGGACACAUCGACAGAAUUUUCACCUAGUCGGCUCGGGGUUAGAACCAGCGACCUUUCGGUUACUGGCACAACGCUCUUAACCACUAAGCUACCUGCCGCCUCAACACUUUACAUGCUGUAUUUAUAGUUUUGUUCAGCGUAUAAACCCGGACAUUUCUAUAUUCAAUCCCAUUUAAAAGCAGAGUUUUGAUGGUUGCCCUUAAAAUGAGGAGGAUCCCAGAUGCUACUAUAUUUAUUUCUCAGCUGCUCAUAUUAACCACCUGCUCUACUAUAAAACCGGAGUAGUAGCUUACCCGGCAUGAUUGAAAAACAAACUGUGGGAACGUUGCCUCCAUUCUCUAUUUGAGUGCAUACGGAUGUCUUUUUACUGCUGCCACUGUUCCUGCCCAUUUGAUAAUGAGCCAUUCUAAAUUGAAACUAAUUUUACAUAUUAUUAAAGACAAGAUUAAAUUGAGAAUAGUCUGAUGGGUGAAAAUAUGAUCACUUGAUGAGAGAACAGCAUGCACACGUAUGAGCAACCUGAGGCAAGGAACAGAUCACAAGCUUUUUUUGUGACUUUCUCAAAUCAUUAAUAGCCUAUAGACGCAUCAUGCAGCCCAUAUACUGUAUGUUUUGAUUUCUAAGACAUUCUAAGGUAGCGUAUAGAACCUGUUUCAAAUGAUCACUUUUACGCUCAACAUAGCCACUUCAUAUGCACACUUGGUCCGGAAAGGAAUUAUAUUCCUCUUACUUUAAAAUCAUAUAAAAUAAAAUAAUGGCACAGGACGAUUUUGUCUGCUAAAUGAACUAGCCUACUGCCUAUGGCAUGGCACAAAAAUACAUUUUCUUCAUAUCAUUAGGUUUCUUUAGAGCUGCCUGAAAAAAUAAUGGAUUUAUUGUGAUAGUGCAUAUUAAAUGGAUGCAGUAGAUGCAGUUAUUUGCAUGAAAAUAACCGGCUGACAAAAUGCAGUUAUUUGCAUGACUUCUACAGCGCUACCCUUGCUCUGCAAAGGCCGCGGCUUUUGUGGAGCAAUAGGUAACGAUGCUUCGUGGGAGGCAGUUGUUGAUGUGUUCAGAGGGUCCCUGGGUCGAGCCAAGGUUGGGGCAAGGAGAGGGACGAAAGCAAUAAUGUUACAUUGGAUCACUCAGUUGGGCUCUGCCCAGCUGCUGGGGUUGCUGUGGAGGUUGUCAAAGAGGGGUAAGUGUAACCGGUGUGAAAUGGCUAGUUAGAUAGCGGUGCAUAGUAGUAGUGUUUCAGUUGGUGACGACACUCGCUCUGAGACCUUGAAGUAUUUGUUUCACUUGCUCUGCAAAGGCUGUGGCUUUUGUGGAACGAUGUGGUUCGAGCCCAGCUUGGGGCAAGGAGAGGGACAUAAGCAAUACAGUUACAUUUGUUUCUGUGUGUCUGUGUGCAAGCAUGUGUUUGUGUGGGUGUUUAUAUCUGACCCAUCCUGUUUUCUCUGUCCCCUCUCUCCAGAGGAACAGUGGGGAUGUGACAUCUACAGCCUUGGUCAAGCACCUGAGUCACCGGCGCUUUGUGGCGUCAUUCCAGGUGGACAGUGUGCAGCGCAACGACCAGGACCUGUACCGCUGUGUCACCCAGUCUUCCAGGGGCUCUGGGGUCUCCAACUUCGCUGAGCUCAUCGUCAAAGGUAAAUACGCCUGCCAUCAGUCAGUGGGACGAGGCUACUAGGUUAUGGAUCUCUCAAUAUGCUGUACUGUAGGUCUAUGAACCAAGGGUGAACUGAAUAAAACUGGUUUAGUCAUGUUACUUUGUGUUAGCAAAAGCAGAAAAUGGUGUAAAUGAACAUUUACAUAAUCCGUAAUCAAUUUACACCUCCCACACACUUGUCAGCUGUGGCAUAAUUCAAUCAGCACAUUGAAGUGCUUGAUUGAUAUUAUCAUAUAGACUAUGAUGCAUGCGGUAUCGUAAGCAAAGCACAUCCUUCAAAUACAAUAAUUGUAACUCCAAAUAUGUAUGUUGGCACUAUAAAUAAACAUAAAAUAAUAACAAAAUAUGUUUUAUUGUCACAUACAAUAAAAAGGUUAAGUGCCUUACUCAAGGACACAUCGGCAGACUUUUCACCUUAGGUAUUUAAACCGGCAACCUUUCGGUUACAGGCCCAAUGCUCUAACCACUAGGAUACAGUGAGGGAAAAAAGUAUUUGAUCCCCUGCUGAUUUUGUACGUUUGCCCACUGACAAAGACAUGAACAGUCUAUAAUUUUAAUGGUAGGUUUAUUUGAACAGUGAGAGACAGAAUAACAACAACAAAAUCCAGAAAUAUGCAUGUCAAAAAUGUUAUAAAUUGAUUUGCAUUUUAAUGAGGGAAAUAAGUAUUUGACCCCUCUGCAAAACAUGACUUAGUACUUGGUGGCAAAACCCUUGUUGGCAAUCACAGAGGUCAGACGUUUCUUGUAGUUGGCCACCAGGUUUGCACACAUCUCAGGAGGGAUUUUGUCCCACUCCUCUUUGCAGAUCUUCUCCAAGUCAUUAAGGUUUCGAGGCUGACGUUUGGCAACUCGAACCUUCAGCUCCCUCCACAGAUUUUCUAUGGGAUUAAGGUCUGGAGACUGGCUAGGCCACUACAGGACCUUAAUGUGCUUCUUCUUGAGCCACUCCUUUGUUGCCUUGGCCGUGUGUUUUGGGUCAUUGUCAUGCUGGAAUACCCAUCCACGACCCAUUUUCAAUGCCCUGGCUGAGGGAAGGAGGUUCUCACCCAAGAUUUGAUGGUACAUGGCCCCGUCCAUCGUCCCUUUGAUGCGGUGAAGUUGUCCUGUCCCCUUAGCAGAAAAACACCCCCAAAGCAUAAUGUUUCCACCUCCAUGUUUGAUGUUGUUCUUGGGGUCAUAGGCAGCAUUCCUCCUCCUCCAAAUAUGGCGAGUUGAGUUGAUGCCAAAGAGCUCGAUUUUGGUCUCAUCUGACCACAACACUUUCACCCAGUUCUCCUCUGAAUCAUUCAGAUGUUCAUUGGCAAACUUCAGACGGGCCUGUAUAUGUGCUUUCUUGAGCAGGGGGAACUUGCGAUUUCAGUCCUUCACGGCGUAGUGUGUUACCAAUUGUUUUCUUGUUGACUAUGGUCCCAGCUGCCUUGAGAUCAUUGACAAGAUCCUCCCGUGUAGUUCUGGGCUGAUUCCUCACCGUUCUCAUGAUCAUUGCAACUCCACGAGGUGAGAUCUUGCAUGGAGCCCCAGGCCGAGGGAGAUUGACAGUUAUUUUGUGUUUCUUCCAUUUGCGAAUAAUCGCACCAACUGUUGUCACUUUCUCACCAAGCUGCUUGGCGAUGGUCUUGUAGCCCAUUCCAGCCUUGUGUAGGUCUACAAUCUUAUCCCUGACAUCCUUGGAGAGCUCUUUGGUCUUGGCCAUGGUGGAGAGUUUGGAAUCUGAUUGAUUGCUUCUGUGGACAGCUGUCUUUUAUACAGGUAACAAGCUGAGAUUAGGAGCACUCCCUUUAAGAGUGUGCUCCUAAUCUCAGCUCGUUACCUGUAUAAAAGACACCUGGGAGCCAGAAAUCUUUCUGAUUGAGAGGGGGUCAAAUACUUAUUUCCCUCAUUAAAAUGCAAAUCAAUUUAUAACAUUUUUGACAUGCGUUUUUCUGAAUUUUUUUGUUGUUAUUCUGUCUCUCACUGUUCAAAGAAACCUACCAUUAAAAUUAUAGACUGAUCAUUUCUUUGUCAGUGGGCAAAUGUACAAAAUCAGCGGGGGAUCAAAUACUUUUUGUCCCUCACUGUACCUGCUGCCCAUAGCUCUACAUUCAAUGAAGAAAUACAACCUGUCUGUGUUAAUAUCUUGGGACUGGCAGUGUCACCAAGGGAUGAAUAAUGUGUUUGUUUUAAUUGACUGUGUUUUGAAUCUUAAUGUGUAUUUAAUGUGUAUAUCGUCUAUAUUUAUGUUUGCCUGAUGUACAGUUGAAGUUGGAAGUUUACAUACACUUAGGUUGGAGUCAUUAAAACUCGUUUUUCAACCUCUCCACAAAUUUCUUGUUAACAAACUAUAGUUUUGGCAAGUUGGUUAGGACAUCUACUUUGUGCAUGACACAUGUAAUUUUUCCAACAAUUGUUUACAGACAAAUUAUUUCACUUAUAAUUCACUGUAUCACAAUUUCAGAAUUUUACAUACACUAAGUUGACUGUGCCUUUAAACAGCUUGGAAAAUUCCAGAAAAUGAUGUCUUGGCUUUAGAAGCUUCUGAUAGGCUAAUUGACAUAUUUUGAGUCAAUUGGAGGUGUACCUGUGGAUGUAUUUCAAGGCCUACCUUCAAACUCAGUACCUCUUUGCUUCACAUCAUGUGAAAAUCAAAACAAAUCAGCCAAGACCUCAGAAAUAAAUUUGUAGACCUUCUGGUUCAUCCUUGGGAGCAAUUUCCAAAUGCCUGAAGGUACCACAUUCAUCUGUACAAACAAUAGUACGCAAGUAUAAACACCAUGGGACCACGCAGCCGUCAUACCGAUCAGGAAGGAGACACGUUCUGUCUCCUAGAGAUGAACGUACUUUGGUGUGAAAAGUGCAAAUCAAUCCCAGAACAACAGCAAAGUACCUUGUGAAAAUGCUGGAGGAAACAGGUACAUAAUAUCUAUAUCCACAGUAAAAUGAGUCCUAUAUCGACAUAACCUGAAAGGCCGCUCAGCAAGGAUGAAGCCACUGCUCCAAAACCGCCAUAAAAAAAGCCAGACUACGGUUUGCAACUGCACAUGAGGACAAAGAUCAUACUUUUUGGAGAAAUGUCCUCUGGUCUGAUGAAACAAAAAUAGAACUGUUUGGCCAUAAUGACCAUCAUUAUGUUUGGAGGAAAAAGGAGGGCUUGCAAGCCGAAGAACACCAUCCCAACCGUGAAGAACGGGGGUGGCAGCAUCAUGCUGUGGGGGUGCUUUGCUGCAGGAGGGACUGGUGCACAAAAUAGAUUGCAUCAUGAGGAAGGAAAAUUAUGUGGAUAUAUUGAAGCAACAUCUCAAGACAUCAGUCAGGAAGUUAAAGUUUGGUCGCAAAUGGGUCUUCCAAAUGGACAAUGACCCCAAGCAUACUUCCAAAGUUGUGGCAAAAUGGCUUAAGGACAACAAAGUCAAGGUAUUAGAGUGGCCAUCACAAAGUCUUGACCUCAAUUCUAUAGAAACUUUGUGGGCAGAACUGAAAAAGCGUGUGCGAGCAAGGAGGCCUACAAACCUGACUCAGUUACACCAGCUCUGUCAGGAGGAAUGGGCCAAAAUUCACCCAACUUAUUGUGGGAAGCUUGUGGAAGGCUACAUUAAACGUUUGACCCAAGUUAAACAAUUGAAAGGCAAUGCUACCAAAUACUAAUUGAGUGUAUGUACACUUCUGACCCACUGGGAAUAUGAUUAAAGAAAUAAAAGCUGAAAUAAAUAAUUCUCUCUACUAUUAUUCUGACAUUUCACAUUCUUAAAACAAAGUGGUGAUCCUAACUGACCUAAGACAGGGAAUUUUUACUAGGAUUAAAUGUCAGGAAUUGUGAAAAACUGAGUUUAAAUGUAUUUGGCUAAGGUGUAUGUGAACUUCCGACUUCAACUGUAUAUGCUUGUUUUUGUAUUGUGCAGGGCUCAUUUGUAAAAGUGACUUUAGUCUCAAUAUGACUUCCCUGUUGAAAUAAUAAUAAUAAUGUUCCUGGCUGAUCAGUAGAGCAGUGUUAGAGAGCUGACCUUUUGGACUCCAAUGUUGAUCCAUCAUCUCACCCCUCAUAUCAUGCUCUGCAGAUGGCCCAACCUCAGUCCCAUUACUCACUCUAACCCUAGAGCCUGACACUGCUCUGACAGCUCUGAUGACACGGCUCAAUAGGAGGGUUUGAUGCCACGCCAGGCCCCAAUCCCUAAACCAGAGGAAUGAGAUGGAGAGGGAAAUAAGGACAUGGAGAAAUCUUAUUCUACUCGUCUCCUCUCAUCCUUUAUAUCCUUUGCAUCAUCACUUCUUAAAACAGGCCUUGAAAGUAGGGAGAGGUGGUAGAGAGAGGGAAAGAGGAGAGAGAAAGAGAGCGAGAGUAAGAAAAAAGAGGGGGGAGGGGGAAAGAUAAUAAGUAAAGGGGGGUUGUGAAAUAGCACCAAUCUAAUCCCAUUGAUAGAUGUGGCAUCAUGGAUUACGUUGAGUUUAGUGAUACGGACCAUUUGGUGGACAACAGCACAGCCCCUAGCCAGAGCAGCACUAAGCUCACAUAGUGUCUUCCAGUAAACAACAGCCUCAAUCAAUUCACAGACAGAGGGCCAUACAAUCUCCAAGUGAUGUGCUCAGAUCUAUAGAAAACUGUACAAUGAAUUCUCAGCUCUGGAAUUGUUAGUAGCAUUAUAGUAGUGACAUGGUUGUUGCCGUAGCUUUUUUAAAAUUCAGAAUAUCUGGGUUAUUUUUGGCAUGGUGUGUUCUGUCCUGACUCCUGAGAGCUGAUGCAUAGCCAUUCUGCAACGGGUCAUAACUCAUAGCUGCUCGUUCAGUCACUGAUACUCUGUGUAGUACUUGCAGUGCAAGGCCCUUAACAAGGCUUUUAUAAACCCCCCUCCCCCACUGCCCCCGCUAACGAGAGGGUAAUCAGCCUUUUAAUUAGCUUGAUCAACUCAUUUCAGAUCACACAAGUGCUCCACGUUCGGCACAUAGAUUGCAUGCAAAGAGGCCCAUAGAGGACAGAGCUCAGUCACUGCAAUGUAGAACACAUUUUGUGGUGUUUCACCCCUGAGGUGUUUUUGGCUAAGAUUUAUCAUAUCAGUAGUCAUGUUUCAAUAAAAAACUCAUUUUCAGGGAUCUCGAAAAAUUAUCAUCAUUGAGUAAAUACAUAAGUAAAUAAAAAGCUACAUUAACAAACCUCCAGCUGAUACAGUCAGCUGGGUUUGUGAUCCUAAAUACAAAAUGGUGCUGAAAACAGAAAUGCAACAGUAAUGAAUAAUGCCAGUUAUAGAAUCCUUGGGAAAGUACAGUAAGGGAGUUUUGUUGAUGUCAAUUUACAUCAAUAUAUAGUACUAUAGCUUGUCUCCCUGUACUUCCAGAGGCUUGUGAGGCUUGCAUGAUUGCCUGCAGUGUGGACGUGCUCUGUGGAAGCGUCCAUGGGAUGAGGCAGGAAUAGAGACGAGAGCCCUCUGAGAGGAUAGUCAUAAUAGACACCGGCGCCUCUGCAGGAAUCAGGGAUUAGUCACAGCCACAGUUCUAACUCUGAUGUUUCUCUUGCUCUUAGUCCUAGUUUUUCUGCAUUCCCUUCUUCCCCUCACACAGUCACCUUUCUGUAUAAUUGCUCAGUGGCUCUGAGAGUCUGCUGUAAGUGACAUUUGGAUGGACUCUGAAAUUAAUCCCUGAUUUGGUCCUCUGUAGCUCAAUUGGUAGAGCGUGGCGCUUGUAACGCCAGGGUAGUGGGUUCGAUCCCCGGGACCACCCAUACGUAAAAAUUUAUGCACACAUGACUGUAAGUCGCUUUGGAUAAAAGCGUCUGCUAAAUGGCAUAUUAUAUUAUUAUUAUUAUAUUAUUUGGCAUCUUGCCCUCGAAAUUAUGUUGGGUCUCUUCUUUCAUCAUGGUAACUUCCUCUGUGAAGUGCUUGCGUUAAUUCCGGUGCCAGCGGACGCACACAUCGCUCAAUUAAGAGAGCUUGUAUUCUGAGAUAAUACACAUUCCUCAGACCAUAUAUACAGCUGUUUUUUUCACUCGCGGUUCUCUGCUAUGUUCAUGUAUGGCUAGUUAAUGUGCUAUUAAUAGGUGGGGCUGUAGUGGAACAGGUUGAGAGCUUCAAGUUCAUUGGUGUCCUCAUCACCAACAAACUAUCAUGGUCCAAACACAGCAAGACAGUCGUAAAGAGGGCACGACAAAGCCUAUUCCCCCUCAGGAGACUGAAAAGACUUGGCAUGGGUCCUCAGAUCCUCAAAAAGUUAUACAGCUGCACCAUCGAGAGCAUCCUGACUGGUUGAAUCACUGCCUGGUAUGGCAACUGCUCGGCCUUCAACCGCAAGGCACUACAGAGGGUAGUGCGUACGGCCCAGUACGGGGCCAAGCUUCCUGCCAUCCAGGACCUCUAUACCAGGCGGUGUCAGAGGAAGGCCCUCAAAAUUGUCAAAGACUCCAGCCACCCUAGUCAUAGACUGUUCUCUCUGCUACCGCACGGCAAGUGGUACCGGAGCGCCAAGUCUAGGUCCAAAAGGCUUCUUAACAGCUUUUACCCCCAAGCCAUAAGACUCCUGAACAGCUAAUCAUGGCUACCCGGACUGUUUGCAUUGUCCCCCCACCCCACCCCCUCUUUUACACUGCUGCUACUCUCUGUUUAUUAUCUCUGCAUAGUCACUUUAACUCUACCCACAUGUACGUAUUACCUCAAUUACCUCGACUAACCUGUGCCCCCGCAUAUUGACUCUGUACCGGUACCCAUUUACAUUUACAUUUUAGUCAUUUAGCAGACGCUCUUAUCCAGAGCGACUUACAGUUAGUGAGUGCAUACAUUUUUUCAUACUGGUCCCCCGUGGGAAUCGAACCCACAACCCUGGCGUUGCAAGCGCCAUGAUCUACCAACUGAGCUACACAGGACUACGGAAUUAACAUAAUCAAUAAUGUUCCCUUUUCUACUCCAACACAACCUUCACUUAAACGUCCCAAAAACAACAACUUUCUUCACAUAAAUAAAGGAACACAAAUACAUUUAUAUCCAAAUCCACAUGUAUAUAGCCUCCCCACUGUUAUUUUAUUUGACUGCUGCUCUUUAAUAUUUUUUAUUUUUGUAUUUUUUACUCAUCUAUUUUUUACUUGACACUUAUUUUUCUUAAAACUGCAUUGUUGGUUAAGGGCUUGUAAGUAAGCAUUUCACUGUAAGGUCUACACCUGUUGUAUUAGGCGAUUGUGGCAAAUAAAAUGUGAUUUGAUUUGAUUUGUCCAAUCUGCUAUUUGAAACCUUGACCUGCUCACAUUCCUCAGCCCCGGGGGGCUCAAACAAACCUGAGAGUUAUAGAUUUAGUAAAAGGAGGCCUAUUUAGAGUAAAAGGAUGAAAAAAGAUGAUAAGCAUGUUGUAAUAAGACUGAUUAGUAAUAGUACAUAGUACUUAUAAGUACAGUGGAAUCCAUUUCAACCGCUUCUGAACAAGAUAGCCCUCAAAUUUCACAUAAUGGAUGGGAAAAAUACAGCUACAGUGUAUAGAAGCAAUAAUAACAUUUAAAUAACCUCAUAGCCUUCUACCCUGUCUUCUUCCCACAGUUCCCCCCUCCCCUAUCGCACCCCCACAGCUGCUGCGAGCGGGCUCCACAUAUCUGAUCAUCCAGCUCAACACCAACUCCAUCUUGGGAGACGGCCCUAUCAUCAGGAAGGAGAUUGAGUACCGGGCCAGCCAAUCACCUUGGUCCGAGGUCCAUGGGGUCAACAUGGUCACCUACAAGCUGUGGCACCUGGACCCAGACACGGAGUAUCACAUAAGUGUGUUGCUGACCCGGCCCGGAGAGGGCGGCACCGGACCACCCGGACCACCUCUCGUCAGCAGGACUAAGUGUGCAGGUGAGGGUCUGGGCGGUGUGACGAGGUCUAGAUAAGCUUGUUAGUAUGAGACAUUCUCAUAGUUGGCCGUGUUUGGUAACACAGAAUAUUUUGGUAAUACAUGUUAUUAACCACUUGCAAAUUCUUGAUAAAAUCUUACCAUACCAUAUCAUAUUUUUAAAGCCACAUACACUUUGAAUAGAUUUGCAAUUUUUAUUGUAAGAUCACUCUAGUUUUAUGUGAUAUGUUUAUAGUCUUGAUAAAUAGAGGGAAAUGUAUCACUCCUCUGUGGAUUUUAACUCAGAAACCUCAGAAACGCUCCUUAUAUUUUUUUGUCAUUUUAGAGAGGAUAUUUCCUCAGACAAUUCAAAGUACAGAUGCCCAACAGCUAGAUGCUCACACUUUAUUUAAUCUCAGAGUAAGUGCUUCAUUAUAUUGUUGAAUUUGAAAAGUGGAAUAACAGACCAUCGACUGUGGUGAUAAUGUGGCAAAAUUGUAUUCCAGACUGAAACCCCUCUGUGAGAUUGAGAGGUGGUGUUGUUCCUCAGAUUUUUUUGUAAAAAUAUAAUUUGUACUGGAAGAAAAACAACUAACACACACACACACAUACACACCACACACACACAUGCACACACACACACUCAGAACCACACAAUUCAUGCCUAUUUCCUGUGGGCAGUUGUCCCAUGUCUUCGACAGUCAUCAGUCUUUAGUAUGCCCAGCGGUCUCUUCCCACCACAAACCAUCUCUCACACCCCUCCCCUCCCUGUUCCACCAACCACAGCCUCCAUGUCCUCUCUCUAAUGACACAUUAAGCACACUCCCUUUUCCCAAUAGCCACAGACACCACCUAUUCAUCAGUAAAAUAGAGAGAGCCCACAGCCAGCUCUCACUGAAAAACACAGAGAAAAAUAUAAAAUGAGAGGAAGUAGAGAAAGGAUACACGAGGAAAAAAUGAUAAUAUUUUCAAAGAGAUAGACAGGGAAAGAGGAGAGUGAAUUUUAUAGUUCUGAAGUGAGAGAGGAUGCACACAAUGUUCUAAUGUAAAUUACUUUCAGUGGCACCAAUAUUAUCCUGUCUGAAGUUUCUGAAUUUCAACCUCUGAUAUAUUACAUUUCAUCCCACUGUGACAUUAGCUUGUGCAUCCAUGUGUGUAGUUAAAAAUGCCACUGUGUUUGCUUACCUGUUAAACAGAGCAUUUAGAUGCAAUGGGGAGAACAAGUAUUUGAUACACUGCCGAUUCUGCAGGUUUUCCUACUUACAAAGCAUGUAGAGGUCUGUAAUUUUUAUCAUAGGUACACUUCAACUGUGAGAGAUGGAAUCUAAAACAAAAAUCCAGAAAAUCACAUUGUAUGAUUUUUAAGUAUUUAAUUUGCAUUUUAUUGCAUGACAUAAGUAUUUGAUACAUCAGAAAGCAGAACUUAAUAUUUGGUACAGAAACCUUUGUUUGCAAUUACAAAGAUCAUACGUUUCCUGUAGGUCUUGACCAGGUUUGCACACACUGCAGCAGGGAUUUUGGCCCACUCCUCCAUACAGACCUUCUCCAGAUCCUUCAGGUUUUGGGGCUGUCGCUGGGCAAUACGGACUUUCAGCUCCCUCCAAAGAUUUUCUAUUGGGUUCAGGUCUGGAGACUGGCUAGGCCACUCCAGGACCUUGAGAUGCUUCUUACAGAGCCACUCCUUAGUUGCCCUGGCUGUGUGUUUCGGGUCGUUGUCAUGCUGGAAGACCCAGCCACGACCCAUCUUCAAUGCUCUUACUGAGGGAAGGAGGUUGUUGGCCAAGAUCUCGCGAUACAUGGCCCCAUCCAUCUUCCCCUCAUUACGGUGCAGUCGUCCUGUCCCCUUUGCAGAAAAGCAUCCCCAAAGAAUGAUGUUUCCACCUCCUUGCUUCACGGUUGGGAUGGUGUUUUUGGGGUUGUACUCAUCCUUCUUCCUCCAAACACAGCGAGUGGAGUUUAGACCAAAAAGCUCUAUUUUUGUCUCAUCAGACCACAUUACCUUCUCCCAUUCCUCCUCUGGAUCAUCCAGAUGGUCAUUGGAAAACUUCAGACGGGCCUGGACAUGCGCUGGCUUGAGCAGGGGGACCUUGCGUGCAGGAUUUUAAUCCAUGACGGCGUAGUGUGUUACUAAUGGUUUUCUUUGAGACUGUGUUCCCAGCUCUCUUCAGGUCAUUGACCAGGUCCUGCCGUGUAGUUCUGGGCUGAUCCCUCACCUUACUCAUGAUCAUUGAUGCCCCACGAGGUGAGAUCUUGCAUGGAGCCCCAGACCGAGGGAGAUUGACCGUCAUCUUGAACUUCUUCCAUUUUCUAAUAAUUGCGCCAACAUUUGUUGCCUUCUCACCAAGCUGCUUGCCUAUUGUCCUGUAGCCCAUCCCAGCCUUGUGCAGGUCUACAAUUUUAUCCCUGAUGUCUUUACACAGCUCUCUGGUCUUGGCCAUUGUGGAGACGUUGGAGUCUGUUUGAUUGAGUGUGUGGACAGGUGUCUUUUAUACAGGUAACGAGUUCAAACAGGUGCAGUUAAUACAGGUAAUGAGUGGAGAACAGGAGGGCUUCUUAAAGAAAAACUAACAGGUCUGUGAGAGCUGGAAUUCUUACUGGUUGGUAGGUGAUCAAAUACUUAUGUCAUGCAAUAAAAUGCAAAUGAAUUACUUAAAAAUCAUACAAUGUGAUUUUCUGGAUUUUUGUUUUAGAUUCCGUCUCUCACAGUUGAAGUGUACCUAUGAUAAAAAUUACAGACCUCUACAUGCUUUGUAAGUAGGAAAACCUGCAAAAUUGACAGUGUAUCAAAUACUUGUUCUCCCCACUGUAGGUGUAUCAUGGAAAAUGUCGCCUGAAUUAAGUUUGUCAUGUUUUUUUCCUCCAGACAAUUUGCAUACCAGUGGCUACUAAUAAUAUAAUCUAUAGUUUUGUCUUGGCAGUAUAGUUCAUGUUGGUGACUCCAAAUAACUGUAUCAGAUAUCAAAGCUCAACCUCUUUACCUGUAAUUUCACCAGCUGUUGUUUUCACAACAUACAAUGCAUUCGGAAAGCAUUCAGACCCCUUGACUUUUCCCACAUUCUUUUUACGUUACAGCCAUAUUCUAAAAUGGAUUAAUAAAUAAAACAAUCCUCAUCAAUCUACACACAAUACCCCAUAAUGACAAAGCGAAAACAGGUUUUUAGAAAAUUCAGACCCUUUGAUAUGAGACUCGAAUUUGAGCUCAGGCGCAUCCUGUUUCCAUUGAUCAUCCUUGAGAUAUUUCUACAACUUGAUUGGAGUCCCCCUGUGGUAAAUUCAAUUGAUUGGACAUGAUUUGGAAAGGCACAUACCUGUCUAUAUAAGGCCCCACAGUUGACAGUGCAUGUCAGAGCAAAAACCAAGCCAUGAGGUCGAAUGAAUUGCCCGUAGAACUCCGAGACAGGAUUUUGUCGAGGCACAGAUAUGGGGAAUGGUACCAAAACAGUUCUGCAGCAUUGAAGGUCCCCAAGAACACAGUGGCCUCCAUCAUUCUUAAAUGAAAGAAGUUUGGAAACACCAAGACUCUUUCUAGAGCUGCCGGCCCGGCCAAACUGAGCAAUUGGGGGAGAAGGGCCUUGGUCAGGGAGGUGACCAAGAACCUGAUGGUCACUCUGACAAAGCUCCAGAGUUCUUCUGUGGAGAUGGGAGAACCUUCCAGAAGGACAACCAUCUCUGCAGCACUCCACCAAUCAGGCAUUUAUGGUAGAGUGGCCAGACGAAGCCUCUUCUCAGUAAAACACACAUGACAGCCCGCUUGGAGUUUGCCAAAAGGCACCUAAAGGACUCUCAAACCAUGAGAAACAAGGUCCUCUGGUCUGAUGAAACCAAGAUUUUUUCAGCAGCAGGGACUGGGAGACUAGUCAGGAUCGAGGGAAAGAUGAAUGGAGUAAAGUACAGAGAGAUCCUUGAUGAAAACCUGCUCCAGAGCAUUCAGACUGGGGCAAAGGUUCAACUUCCAACAGGACAACGCUCCUAAGCACACAGCCAAGACAACGCAGGAGUGUUUUCGGGACCAGUUUCUGAAUGUCUUUGAGUGGCCCAGCCAGAGCCCCGACUUGAACACGAUUUAACAUCUCUGGAGAGACCUGGAAAUAGCUGUGCAGCGACGCUCCCCAUCCAACCUGUCAGAGCUUGAGAGGAUCUGCAGAGAAGAAUGGGAGAAACUCCCCAAAUACAGGUGUGCCAAACUUGUAGCAUCAUACCCAAGAAGACUCGAGGCUGUAAUCGCUGUCAAAGAUGCUUCAACAAAGUAUUGAGUAAAGGGUCUGAAUAUUUAUGUAAAUGUAUUAUUUCAGUUUUUUAUUUUUAAUAAAUGUGCAAACAUUUCUAAAAACCUGUUUUUGCUUUGUCAUUAUGGGGUAUUGUGUGAAGAUUGAUAAGGAAAAAAAAACAAUUUAAUCAAUUUUAGAAUAAGGCUGUAACGUAACAAAAUGUGGAAAAAGUAAAUGGGUCUGAAUACUUUCGAAAUGCACUGUAAGGGUUAGGUUGUUGUGCCUACUGGCUUGAUCUGUUGGUGGCCUGAUCCUGAUUCACACACCUUCACAUACCCCUCAUCCAUCUGGUGUAUCUCACCAUGUCCACCCUCCAGGAGUCUAAUCACCACCAGGGCACCCUUGAGUUCCUCUGAUCCCCGUCUCCCAGCCCAGCCCCCAGACCAUCUGGUCCAGAACUCACACUGACCCCACACUUCAUCAUUGCAUUUUGAUCCUCCUCACCUUUGUUGGGCUGCUUAGGUCUAGGCAUAAGGAAAUAUAUGUUCUUGUCACAGUGGGGAUCUCUGGGAGUGUGUUAAUUAGCAGAGUGAACAGACGGGAGGCUUGGACCCUCUUGGUGUUCUUCUGACUAAAGUGAAUUUCCUCUCCAAAAAAGAGUGUUGCCAUGGACUGGGUAUGUUCUGCUGUUCUGUGUGAACACCGCCUCUCUUCCUGGCUGGCUCUGAUCUAUAUAGUGGAGCCCAGGCAUCCUCCUGUGGGUGCUGUAAAACUAAUGGCCGUGAAUGUGAACAUGGUCUCCGCCCGCCUCUGAUGGCCAGCCAGGUGUGCUUGAUGAGCCAUCACUGUGAUUAUCAGCAGGGCUGCAUUAUCGUAGCUCGAAGCCCCUCAAGUAAAUCACAGAGGAGACAAGUUAUUUCGUACCGCAGGUGGUCCCCAAACCACGUUAAUAGGCUUCCACCAGCAGCUGGGUCACUGAGCCUUCUGGAGAGCCCCCUGCGACCAAACCUCUCUGCCAAGCGAGGGGCUUCAUACCGGUGCCCGACUAAAAUUAGGAACAGAACAUUACAAGGGGUAAUAAACCAGAAGCUCUCCCCUUCCUUUCCUCUCACUUCUAUACCGUGAGGAACAAGCAUGCCACUCUGGUCUCUGGGCCAUGUUGGGGAUGCUGCAACCCCUUUCCGAAGGGUGCCAGGGAGUGUGCGCUGCACACAGUCGAGCGUGGCAUGCAGACAAAUAGACUGGGCAAAGGGAAGGGUGUUGGCACAAAAGUCCACUUUGAUGAAAAUCCACAAUGGGCACACUGUGGCCUCUUCAGUGUUUUUUUCAUCAGCUCCUCAGUUAAAAGCCCCUCUUUAUUUAGCUUUGAGACUGUGCAGACUAUCAAUUACACCAUAAAGACAAUCCUCAAUCAGAUUGUAGAAUUGUUCAAACAUUUCUUGCCGCGUCUAAUGUACCACUACUUGCCCACACAUUUUUCUGCUGUCACAGACUGAUGUUCAGAACAAUGCAGUGGUCAUGUUUCCUUCUAGACCGAGAUGCCAGCAAACAAAUUAGGAAAGUAAACCGGUGACUGUGGAGACGCUUUAGUAUAGAUUGCCAGUGUCAUGAAAUUCUGCUUCAGGGAGAAAGAUAAUGAAUACAAAGGGAUAAAUGGUUCAACUUCAGGGAGAGAUAUAAUGAAUAGAAAGGGAUAAAUGGAUCAACUUCAGGGAGAGAUAUAAUGAAUGGAAUGGGAAAAGGGAUAAAUAUCCGCGAGGAAGAGGAUGGCCUUUUGAGUGGUGAGUGUGUGCGUGUGCCUGUUUGUGCUCGUAUGUGUUCUUGCAGACUUAGAGAGAGCACCUUUCAAAUCCAUAUCCUUUGAUUACUCCCUUUGUUCCUUCAAGCUUUCCCUCGCUCAUCGAUGCAUUAGCUCCAUUGUUUUAGUCCUCAGCACAAAUAGCUGCAGUGAGAGAAUAAUCCCUUUGAGUGUGAUAGUCAGUGCAGGAAUGAAGACGGUGGCUGGUAUUACCUUACUCUUCUCACUGCUGAGCACUCCGCUCCAUAUCUCCUCUGUCACUCUCACUCUCCUCCACCAUUAGUCACGAAUCCCUAUUAAAAGAACAAAGCAAUACAAUACAUUAUGUGGAAUAUUGUUUGACAAAAAGUCAUUGAUUGUGUUAAUAAUGGGCUGUGACAAAUGUCUCCAUUGGUAGUGUGCUGCCUGAAAGUGUCCUUGGCUCACCCCUGCAGCCUGUAUCUCUUACUGCAACACUGACUUCCUUGUGCCUUCAGGCAUAGAGGCUUCUCAGUAUCUCUGUAUCCCUCUAUCUGUCUAUGCCGACGGAGGAAUAGAAAGACAAGGCUGUAGUUCUCUCUGUUUGAGUCAAAGGAAAACAGGGUUGACCCCAAACCCAUCCACAAUGACCCAGCAAUAAAGAUAACCGGUGGAAUUGAACGCCCUUGGACAGCACUCUUAGUUUUGGUUCUGAAUUUGGCCUCUGGGCAUGGAACUAUAGCGGACACUCAAUUUGCUAGUUGACACGGAGGUGGGGACUGGCGGGGGUGUGACAGAGACCCGCAGCCUGUCCCAUUAAUUAGCGUAAUUGGCACUAGUCCGUGCAUGGCUGGCGGGUGACGUGGGUGUGCCGCGCCCACAGUUUCUCUCUGGCAGUAAAACUGUUGACCUCUAUGAUGGGACAUGGUAGUGCCACAUAGCUUGGAUGAACAGCUUCCAACACAUCGGCGUGACCGAGAGAACGUUGUCAGAACUUGUCACACAUAGGAGCAUCAGGGCUAUUACUAAAGUAUUUAAUUAAAACAUAAAGAUUUCAUAAUUUACACUGUGUUUAAACAGUUUAUAUUUAACCUUUAUUUAACCAGGUUAGUUUCUUGAGAUAAAAAUAUAUUUUUCAAAAGAAAACCUGGACCUAGUUGAUAACUAGGCCUUCUCUCGCUCUUCCCUUCCCUUCCUCCCCCUGCCUUCCUCCCUCUCUGUUAGAACCCACGCGGGCCUUGCGAGGUCUCACAGCCUCAGAGAUCCAGUCCAGGCAGCUGACCCUGCAGUGGGAGACGCUGGCCUACAACUUGACCCGCUGCCACACCUACUCUGUGUCACUGUGCUACCGCUAUGCCACCGCAGGGGGCGGUGGAGGGCACAACACUACUGUGCGUGAGUGCCUGGCGGUGGAGCACAACGCCUCACGCUUCACCCUGCGCGACCUGCCGCCCUACCACUCCAUCCACGUCCGUCUGGCACUCGCCAACCCUGAGGGCAAGAAGGAGGGUCGGGAGGUCACCUUCCAGACUGAAGAGGACAGUAAGUGAUGGGAGAAUGUUGGAGACCUAUACUGUACGUAGGAGCUCAUACAGGGUACAUAUUCAUAGAAACCAGAAUAACAUGGGAGAAUGUUGGAGACAUAAAAAGGAACUGAUACAUACAGGGCACAUAUUCAUAGAUAGGAACCGUCUUGUGUUGAAGUGCCCUAAUGCCAAAAUAAUAUUUUUCAGUGGUGCCAAUAUUCCAGUCUUGUCAGGCCAAAGUUCAGGUUGUCGGUUACUAUUCAUAAAAAUGUGUGGCUGCUACUGAACACUGCUGGUACAUUAUAUCAGUGCUUUUAGAUGUACCUGAUACCUGAUCCAACCUCCUCACAUGGCUGUCUACCUUCUAAAUCCCUGCUUACCAGAGAUCUGUGAGAAACACUUGGCUGUUUUAGUGACAGACUGUUCAGGGAUCAAUUUGGUAGUGUUGAAACUUCUGUGAGACCAAAAUAACCCAAGGGAGUCAUUCAAAACUUGUGUAUUAUCUCUGCUCUGCUCUAAAUUCAAAUUUGUGUUAACAAAUUAACAAAAAUAGUGCCGUUCAAAUGGGGAAAAAAUCUAGCUAUCUAUACAGUUGGGAUUGAUAACACUGGGUCAGUCAACAUCUGCAGCUACAGUUUGAUUGAAGGGAUUCAUAACUAUCAUGGUCCAUCUCCUUUCCCAUGCAGUCUCAGUAUACUUGAAUAAAAGCAUUGUGACAUCUCCAAGAGGCUGCAUCAGCAUACCAAAGGAUCCGUCUCAUUCUCAAAUGAAUAUGAAAUAUUAAUAAUCAUAUCUGAGGCCCACCAGUAAGCCAAAGAGAACGGAUUUCCCCCAUAUCUCCCAAUAUAUAUUCGUUUUGUGCCAAGGCAGCCAACAGCCUCUGUGCAUUGCAGAUGCCUGGCUGAAGGACAAAUACAUUUUUCCAUGAAAAAUAAACAAAACAAAUGCACGGUUCUCACACCAAAGGGAGAAAUAAAGAAAAGUGUGUGAGAGAGAGAACGAGAAUGAGAGAGAAAGAGAGAGAGAGAUACAGAAAAAAAGAGAUACCUGUCAAUUAUAAACACACUCUUCAAAAGCUUUUAAUCAGCAACUUUCUUUCCAAACUCUGUCACUACCGAAAUAACACCAGACAGCUGUUUCCUCACAGGGCUGAAUGGUUGUUGCUUUAGUCCCAGGGUAGAUCCCUCUCCCCACACCACUCAUCCACCCUGCACUCUACAAACACAGACUAAUGGGGAUUGUGGUCUGGAAUAGAAAACCACAGAGCACAGAGGAUACUAUAAAAACAGUUAGCAUUGUUUUUAUAGGGAUGUGUCUAGGCCAGGCUUCCCCUGGUGUCCAGGCCAGACAGAGUUUUAACAGCAUUCAGCAUUUAUACCAAUGAAUGUUGUCUUAAAAAAGAUGAGAGAGGCCUGUAAUUUUCAUCAUAAGUACACGUCAACUAUGACAGACAAUUUAUUUGCAAAUUAUGGUGGAAAAUAAGUAUUUGGUCAAUAACAAAAGUUUCUCAAUACUUUGUUAUACAGUGAUCCCUCGCCACUUCGCGGUUCACUUAUCGCGGAUUCGCUAUUUCGCGGAUUUUCAUAAUGCAUUUUUUUUUUUUGGGUGCAUUGUGCUCUGCAUUCUGAUUCGCUAAAAACUCACUCCCGCUUCUUGUAUCAAAACAUGCUACGAAUUGUGCUAUCAUUUUGUCGUCUCGUGCAGUUAUGUGUACGUACAUAAAACAGCUUGGCAAAUUUACAUUAAGUUGGCCAAAUUAUCUUGUAAUUUCGAACAUCUCCUAAACCCAUAAUGUCGACGAAACGGCCUGGACCGACAAAAGCACCUGCGGAUGGGCCCAAACGGCGGAAGAUGCUACCUAUCUCAGAUAAAGUUAAACUUCUGGACAUGCUAAGGGAAGGUAAAAGCUAUGGUCCACCACUCUGCCGUAGAAACAGCUGUGAAUCUGGCUAAACAGAUUGGAGGAGACGGCUUUAAUGACAUGAGUCCGGAUGACAUAAACGCCCUGAUUGAUGGAGACGCACAGCCGCUGACCGAUGCAGAGCUGGCAGAAAUGACAAAGCCACAAAGCGACGAUGAAAGAGAAGAGGGAGAAGAGGACACGAGAGAUGAGGAGGAAGGACUAACGCUUGGUCGCUUAGCAACCAUGGUGCGAAUGGCCACUGAACUUAAGCGAGUAGCUGAGGAAUGGGACCCUUUGAUGAGCCGUUCAUUACAGUUCUCCAACGUAAUCGAUGGUGGCAUGUCGGUGUACAAGGAUCUUUUUGCAAAGAAGAAAAAAGAGCGACAACAGCUGCCUAUCACUAUGUUCUUCUCCCGAACAAACACACCUGCACCGCGGGCUUCAGAAGAAGAGAACACUGCAGAGCGCAGUCAGGAUGCAGCGGCCCAGUCUGAAGAGCAGUGAAACGGCCUACACGUGAGUCACUGUAUUUGUAUACAUGUAAUAGUUGCUAAUUGUAAAAAAAAAAAGUUUUCUAUUUCGCGGAUUUCACUUAUCGCGGGUCAUUUUCGGAACGUAACCCCCGCGAUAAACGAGGGAUUACUGUAUACCCUUUGUUGGCAAUGACACAAGGUUUUCACUGGUAUUUUGGCCCAUUCCUCCAUGCAGAUCUCCUCUAGAGCAGUGAUGUUUUGGGGCUGUCGCUGGGCAACACAGACUUUCAACUCCCUCCAAAGAUUUUCUAUGGGGUUGAGAUCUGGAGACUGGCUAGGCCACUCCAGGACCUUGAAGCCACUCCUUCGUUGCCCGGGCGGUGUGUUUGGGAUCAUUGUCAUGCUGAAAGACCCAGCCACGUUUCAUCUUCAAUGCCCUUGCUGAUGGAAGGAGGUUUUCACUCAAAAUCUCACGAUACAUGGCCCCAUUCAUUCUUUCCUUUACACGGAUCAGUCGUCCUGGUCCCUUUGCAGAAAAACAGCCCCAAAGCAUGAUGUUUCCACCCCCAUGCUUCACAGUAGGUAUGGUGUUCUUUGGAUGCAACUCAGCAUUCUUUGUCCUCCAAACACGACGAGUUGAGUUUUUACCAAAAAGUUAUAUUUUGGUUUCAUCUCCCAAUCCUCUUCUGGAUCAUCCAAAUGCACUCUAGCAAACUUCAGACGGGCCUGGACAUGUACUGGCUUAAGCAGGGGGACACGUCUGGCACUGCAGGAUUUGAGUCCCUGGCGGCAUAGUGUGUUACUGAUGGUAGGCUUUGUUACUUUGGUCCCAGCUCUCUGCAGGUCAUUCACUAGGUCCCCCCGUGUGGUUCUGGGAUUUUUGCUCACCGUUCUUGUGAUCAUUUUGACCCCACGGGGUGAGAUCUUGCGUGGAGCCCCAGAUCGAGGGAGAUUAUCAGUGGUCUUGUAUGUCUUCCAUUUCCUAAUAAUUGCUCCCACAGUUGAUUUCUUCAAACCAAGCUGCUUACCUAUUGCAGAUUCAGUCUUCCCAGCCUGGUGCAGGUCUACAAUUUUGUUUCUGGUGUCCUUUGACAGCUCUUUGGUCUUGGCCAUAGUGGAGUUUGGAGUGUGACUGUUUGAGGUUGUGGACAGGUGUCUUUUAUACUGAUAACAAGUUCAAACAGGUGCCAAUAAUACAGGUAACGAGUGGAGGACAGAGGAGCCUCUUAAAAGAAGUAAGGUCUGUGAGAGCCAGAAAUCUUGCUUGUUUGUAGGUGACCAAAUACUUAUUUUCCACCAUAAUUUGCAAAUAAAUUCAUUAAAAAUCCUACAAUGUGAUUUUCUGGAUUUUUUUUCUCAAUUUGUCUGUCAUAGUUGACGUGUACCUAUGAUGAAAAGUACAGGCCUCUCUCAUCUUUUUGAGUGGGAGAACUUGCACAAUUGGUGGCUGACUAAAUACUUUUUUCCCCCACUGUAAUGUCACUGUCAGACUCAGUGCUCAAAGUAAUGUCUUUAAGGGACUCUGCAUCACGUAAUAUGAACCUCACCAUCAUGAUGAUAGUAUGAACCUGAUCAGUCUGAAUUGACUGUAAGUACUUGUUAUUUACUAUAGUGGUUUUACUCAGUGGUUUUAUAUCCCCUAGUUUCUGAUCCGUCAAUCAUCUCCUAUUAUCUUUGCUUGUACUCUCUCUGACUCUGGCCCUAACUAUAUACACUAUGGUUAACACAAAAUAGAGUCCUUUAUGUCCAACAUGAUGCAGAAUUCUCAGUUCUAAGGCUAACAUUGUAAGAGAGACUCUGUGACAUUGACCACAGAAUAUGAUAUUGACAUUAUGAGAUGCUUGCCAUGAUAUUACCGCUUCAAUUUCCUGACCUGUGUGUGCGCUGCUUAUUUCCCAUAGUUCCCGGCGGCAUCGCCCCUGAGUCGCUGACCUUCACCCCCCUGGAGGACAUGAUUUUCCUCAAGUGGGAGGAGCCAGUGGAACCCAACGGUCUCAUCACCCAAUACGAGGUAAGGAUGCUUCAAACUCUGCUCGAUGCCCUCCAAUUAUCUUCCUCUAAACAUCUCCUCCCAAAGUCCUCAGGUUCACCCUCCUGACUCUCAUAUCAUAUUAGAGUUUGUAGGAAUUGAUUGGUGUAGUUUAGGUCAGCAAGCGCAGUGUCACAGGCAUUGAUUAGUACAGCUAAGUUCUAGGAGAGAAAUGUCACAGAACUUUUCAAACAGAGAGUUUGAAACUGAAACAAGGACAGAACAAUAAGCAGUCCCACCAACAACUUUACAGCUGUGUCAUACAGUUAGCUAUAUUUUAUAGGGGGCUGUUAAUUGAGGUAAUAGACACAACACAGCUGUUUGACGCUAAGAAAACAGGCAGAAGCUACAAUAUCAGCCGCUCUGUAUGUGUGGUUGUGUAUGGCAUUUUUAUACAAGCUCAUAGUCCAUCCCCAGAGCGCUCUGUUUCUCUCCACUCAUCUAACAGUACAUCUAGAGCUAGCAAAUAGUCUGGAAAGUUAAGAAAAACGUUUAUCAGCAUAUAGCACUGCCAUGCAUCAUCACGUUAGUCUCACCCUAAUUUAUUAGCACUAAUUUAUUCAUGCUAAUUUUGGAGUAGGUCUCAGAUGAAAAUAGACCAUUUGCAACUUUAUUCUCGCUUUCUCCCUUUUGUCUUCACCUAUGGUAGGGGCUCAGUACAGUAUUACCUAUACCAGCCUCAAGCCUUCCCCCAGCCCUCUCUCUUUCAAUGUCGUCUCAAGGAGGAUAUUAUUAAAUGGGAUUUGUGGUUUGACAUGUAAAGAGGAGGCAGGGAUGGAUUUUCUCCCCGUAGCAUCCUGAGCUAACAAAGAGAGCUUUAGACGGAGCAAUAGAAGAAAUCCUCUUCAUUUCUCUCCCAUUAAAGCAUUAACCAGUCUCCCUGAGCCCAUCGACCGCCACGACUCCAGCCUCACAAGCCCCUUCUUGGUCCUCUUUGCUCUUUCUGGAGGCUAUUAUCGACUUUUAUAUAUAUAUAUUUUUUUAUGUGUGUGUACUGUGUACAGUCAUUGGCUGUCUUCACAGUUACCACACCUGCAUGGGCAUAUCGUGCUCUUAAAAUUAUCUGCAUAGUCAAUAGUUUGGUUCAAGUCAAGUCAGUGGGAAGCGAGGCGUGUCUGUGUCAUUUAACAUUCCCAGUUUUUACAUUCCUCUCUGAUGCCACAUGGGUGGAAUCCCAUAAGACAGUUUGACUGGGUGGGAAAAAGUUGAUUCCAACAGCAUCAAUAUUUCACACAGAACACAUUUCCACAUUAGCAUGAAUGUCCUUCAGGCUUGGCCAUUAUGAAUGAAUUAGCAAGCUAAACAAAAUCAUUAGCCUCUUGUUAUUGUGCAACCCGCAGGUUGUGAAAUCUGUAAACAUACAAAACAACAACGGUUUGAUAAUGAUUCCACUUUCAUGACAAAAUAACAAUAUUACACUGGACUGCAUCACAUACGUUGCUGCUACUAUUUCCUAUCUGUCACUUUAUUCCUGGUUAUUUUAAAAAAUAUAUUUAUUUAACCUUUAUUUAACCAGGUAAGCCAGUUGAGAACAAGUUCUCAUUUACAACUGCGACCUGGCCAAGAUAUAAAACAGUGCGAUAAAAACAACAACACAGAGUUACAUAUGGGGUAAAACAAAACAUAAAGUCAAAAAUACAACAGAAAAUAUAUAUAUAUACAGUGUGUGCAAAUGUAGCAAGUUAUGGAGGUAAGGCAAUAAAUAGGCUAUAGUGCAAAAUAAUUACAAUUAGUAUUAACACUGGAAUGAUAGAUGUGCAAGAGAUUGUGAAAAUAGAGCAAAAUAUAUAACAAUAUAGGGAUGAUUUCAGAUGGGCUGUGUACAGGUGCAGUGAUCGGUAAGGUGCUCUGACAACUGAUGCUUAAAGUUAGUGAGGGAGAUAAGUCUCCAGCUUCAGAUAUUUUUGCACUUCGUUCCAGUCAUUGGCAGCAGAGAACUGGAAGGAAUGGCGGCCAAAGGAGGUGUUGGCUUUGGGGAUGACCAGUGAGAUAUACCUGCUGGAGCGCAUACUACGGGUGGGUGUUGCUAUGGUGACCAAUGAGCUAAGAUAAGGCGGGGAUUUGCCUAGCAGUGAUUUAUAGAUGGCCUGGAGCCAGUGGGUUUGACGACGAACAUGUAAUGAGGACCAGCCAACAAGAGCGGACAGGUCACAGUGGUGGGUAGUGUAUGGGGCUUUGGAGACAAAACGGAUGGCACUGUGAUAGACUACAUCCAAUUUGCUGAGUAGAGGGUUGGAGGCUAUUUUGUAAAUGACAUCGCCAAAGUCAAGGAUCGGUAGGAUAGUCAGUUUUAAGAGGGCAUGUUUGGCAGCUUGAGUGAAGGAGGCUUUGUUGCGAAAUAGGAAGCCGAUUCUGGAUUUAACUUUGGAUUGGAGAUUCUUAAUGUGAGUCUGGAAGGAGAGUUUACUGUCUAACCAGACACCUAGGUAUUUGUAGUUGUCCACAUACUCUAGGUCAGACCCGUCGAGAGUAGUGAUUCUAGUCGGGUGGGCGGGUGUCAGCAGCGUUCGAUUGUUAUAUGUACAUAUCUACCUCAAUUACCUUGUACCCCUGCACAUCGACUCGGUACUGGUACCCCUUGUAUAUAGCCAAGUUAUUGUUGCUCAUUGUGCAUCUAUUAUUACUUUUAUUAUUACAUGUUUUACUUUUCUAUUAUUUUUCUAUUUUCUUUCUCUCUGCAUUGUUGGAAAGGGCCAGUAAGUAAGCAUUUCACUGUUAGUACACACCUGUUGUUUACGAAGCAUGUGAUUCAUCUUUUUAAUUAUUAUUUUGAUUUGCAAAGCAAAAUGACCAAUCAGUACAUUGACUUAGAGCAGCAGCACAAUUUUCAAAGUCAGAUGUGAAUCCUCAGAGAAAAUCUAUUGAACAAAAGUUAAAGGAUCGUUGCUCCACAAAGUAAAUAACUCAUGCUCUUAGAAGUAAUUGCAGUAUAAACCAUAAUGGUGUCUUUUUUUUAUUUGACCACAGAUCAGCUACCAGAGCAUUGAGUCGUCUGACCCGGGCAUCAACGUGCCAGGACCUAGGAGAACAGUGUCGAAGCUGAGGAACGAGACCUAUCACAUGUUCUCCAACCUUCACCCUGGCACCACAUAUCUGAUUUCUGUCCGCGCCCGCACAACCAAGGGCUUCGGCCAGACUGCCCUAACUGAGAUCACCACCAACAUUUCUGGUGAGCAUCGGUGUGUGUGUGCACACUCUUCCUGGGGUCCAGUAACAUUAAGGCAGUUAUAUACAAUUUAAAAUAUUACAUGACAUUACAUUUCAUAACACUUUUCACAACACAUUAAGUGUGUUCCCUCAGGCCACAACUCUACCAUCCCAUAUCUACAAUACAAAAUCCAUGUGUACGUGUGUGUAGAGUGCGUUUCCAUGUGUGUGUGUCAUGUCAACCUUUGUACCUAGCUUGGAUCAAAGUUGAACAUCAACUGCCUGAAGGAGAUAACAGGAGUCUUUAAAUACACUAUAUAUACAAAAGUUUGUGGACACCCCUUCAAAUUGGUGGAUUCGGUAAAAGUCAUCUGUCCUCGGUUGCAACACUCACUACCGAGUUCCAAACUACCUCUGGAAGCAACGUCAGCACAAUAACUGUUCGUCAGGAGGGUCAUGAAAUGGGUUUCUUCAAAUACCCACCCUUUGCCUUGAUGACCGCUUUGCACACUCUUGGCAUUCUCUCAACCAGCUUCAUGAGGUGUAGUUCCCACCGUAAAGCAUGGAAGAGGAGGUGUUAUGGUGUGGGGGUGCUUUGCUGGUGACACUGUCUGUGAUUUAUUUAGAUUCGGCUAUUUUAGCCACACCCGUUGCUGACAGGUGUAUAAGAUCGAGCACACAGCCAUGCAAUCUCCAUAGACAAAUAUUGGCAGUAGAAUUGCCUUACUGAAGAGCUCAGUGACUUUCAACGUGGCACCGUCAUAGGAUGCCACCAGUUCGUCAAAUGUCUGCCCUGCUAGAGCUGCCCCCAGUCAACUGUAAGUGCUGUUAUUGUGAAGUGGAAAUGUCUAGGAGCAGCAACGGCUCAACCGCGAAGUGGUAGGCCACACAAGCUCACAGAACGGCACCACCGAGUGCUGAAGCGCGUAGCGCGUAAAAAUCAUCUGUCCUCGGUUGCAACACUCACUACCGAGUUCCAAACUACCUCUGGAAGCAAUGUCAGCACAAGAACUGUUCGUCAGGAGCGUCAGGAUAUGGGUUUCCAUGGCCGAGCAGCCGCACACAAUCCUAAGAUCGGCUAGAGUGGUGUAAAGCUCGCCACUAUUGGACUAUUGGAAACGCGUUCUCUGGAGUGAUGAAUCACACUUCACCAUCUGGCAUUCCGACAGACAAAUCUGGGUUUGGCGGAUGCCAGGAGAAUGCUACCUGCCCGAAUGCGUAGUGCCAACUGUAAAGUUUGGUGGAGGAGGAAUAAUGGUCUGGGGCUGUUUUUCAUGGUUCAGGCUAGGCCCCUUAGUUCCAGUGAAGGGAAAUCUUAACGCUACAGCAUACUGUACAAUGACAUUCUAGACAAUUCUGUGCUUCAAACUUUGUGGCAACAGUUUGGGGAAAGCCCUUUCCUGUUUCAGCAUGACAAUGCCCCCGUGCACAAAGUGAGGUCCAUACAGAAAUGGUUUGUCGAGAUCGGAAUGGAAGAACUUGACUGGCCUGCACAGAGCCCUGACCUCAACCCCAUCGAACGCCUUUGGGAUGAAUUAGAAAACCGACUGCCAGCCAGGCCUAAUCGCCCAACAUCAGUGCCCGACCUCACUAAUGCUUAUGGCUGAAUGGAAGCAAAUCCCUGCAGCAAUGUUCCAACAUCUAGUGGAAAGCUUUCCCAGAAGAGUGGAGGCUAUUAUAGAAGCAAAGGGGGGACCAACUCCAUAUUAAUGCCCAGGAUUUUGGAAUGAGAUGUUCGACGAGCAGGUGUCCAUAUACUUUUGGUCAUGUAGUGUAUGUCUGAAGGGUGUUACAGCAAUAUGUUAAUUGAUGUUGCACAUGGCUAUAAUCACAACUCCUCUGGGUCUCAAGUGAAUGUUGUGAGAUAGACUAAUUCAUUCCUAUGUAUCCAUCAGUGGAAAAAUACCAAUGACAUGCCCUCUUCUAUAUGGUGUCUGUCUCCCAUCAUUUGCAUAGAUUCCCAAUACUGCAGUCUCUCUAUCUGAGGUAAGGUAUCUCACUGAAGACUGUUGUCUGUGCUCGUGCAGUUGUGUAGUUAGCUAUAGUAGGUUUCACUCACUCUGUGCUUUUAUUAGGGUCUGAAAUGUGACUUUCAACCUCAGUUGCUUUAUCCUCUUGUAGUGGCAAAACAACUCCUCCAAGAAUAUAAGUACUACCACUCCCAUCCUCUCAAAAGGAGUGACACCCUGUCAUCGCGCACAACAAAGCACAAAGAGCAGAGGGGAAACAAGGAUUGUUAUGUGUAAGGAUAGAUGCAGUGCUAUCUUCAUGGGACCAUGCAGCAUCUCCCAGCUGAGAGAAAGACAGACUCUGAGCUUAUUACUGAAGAAGGAAAUCCACCCCUGGUGUUCCAUUCACUUUUAAUUAUGCAUGUUUCCCUGUGUAAAAAGGCAGGAAUAAAAACACCUCAGAGGAAACCUCAAUGCAGCUCACUCUCUCUCUCUCUCUCUCUCUCUCUCCCUCUCUCUCUCUCUCUCUCUCUCUUUCUAUGAGUGUGUCUCCACGCAAAGGAGAAUACUGAGAGUUUUUAAUUAUAGAUUUACUGCUCAAUCACUCCUUGGUGGCUGUAUGUCAGACAGGGACCUGCUGGCAUGUGGCCAGAGAGAGAGUCCAAAAGCCAUUAUGUAUCAUCCUCCCCCUCCAUACCCCCUCUACUGGCCUACAGUGCAGAACAGCAGAACAUUCACUUGUACUGAGCAUCAUUCAUUGCUACACUGACAACUAGCUUAUAGCGCUUAUAACGAACUCAACAUACUGUACGUGCACCCCUACUAAGACAGCCAGAGAGCCUGCCGUCUACAGUCUACACUCUUCCAGAGUGAACUACCACAGAGCACACUCUGAACUGUACACAACCCUCAAGCUAAUUCUUAUUUUAUCUCCAUUGAGCUUACUCCAAUAAACCCCCUCAAAACCUACUCCCAACCGACCAACACCUUACUGAAAUCAAACACCUCACAGACUCUUCGUAGCACGCUAGAGCUUUUAUGUUGCGUGUGAAUAAAAUAAACACACGCACACAUUAAACGCCUCACUUUAAUUGAAGGCAGCUUAUUCAGCUAGCUGCAAUUUUCCAAACCCUCUUUUUUUAAUACCAUAAUCAUUGAUUCCUCCGUAAUAGUUUGCCUUUCCUCCCCCUCACUAAUUGACUAGGGAUAUUAAAGACACGCCGUGCAGAGGGAGGCAUCUCCUGGGAGAAACGCAGCUUCAGCCAAAUCCCUUUAAAUGAGAAGCUCCUUCUAUAUGUCCUGCACUUCCAGGACUUUAAAUUGCACUCGGUAUCCAAGACAACCAAUACAUAGGGAAAUUCGGGAGGGACAUUUCUGAGGGAAUGGUGACAUUGUUUUGUGGAUAUUCAAUUGACUGUCAGUUUCACAAGAGUUGAUGGGGCUGCAGACCUUUUAUGAGAGAAUAGGGAAAGAGGCUGUGUGUUUAUUAGAUAGGAUGUGUGGAUAGACACAGCUCAGCUGGUUUUAAAGGGGACUGAUGAAGGAUAUGUCUGUGUGUGUGUGUGUGUAUGUCUGCGUGUGUGUGUCUGCAUGUGAGUGUGUGGCGUGAGAGUAUGUGUGUGAGUGUGUGUUAGAGCAUGUAUAUGUGCGCGCAUGUAUAUUAUCUUGGUCAGUCUAAUUGCUAUAUAAUAUAACUUUGUCUGUACUCCUGUGCCCUGUCUCUUCAGCUCCAAUGUUUGACUAUGGAGACAUGCCGUCCCCUCUGAGUGAAACAGAGAGCACGAUCACUGUGUUGCUUCGCCCCGCCCUGGGCAGGGGAGCACCCGUCAGGUGAGAACACAACAGCAACAGACACACACAGACAUGUACACACAGAGAACAUUGUUCAUAGUGACAUUUACAUUACAAUACAUAGAUAUUUAAGAUUUAUAGACAUUUUGAUGUCACAUUUACAGCACAUACAUAUUAUUUGCCAAUGCCCCCAUAUGAUCAAAUUUAAUGAGAAACAUCUUACAAUAAUUAAUACCAACCUUUUGUAUUGUGACCUGUCUCUACCAGUAAGUACCAGGUUGUGGUAGAGGAGGAGAGUGGCAGGAAGGUGAAGAGGGAACUGGGGGUUCAGGACUGUUACCCUCUGCCCAUGUCCCACGGGGAUGCUCAAGCCAGAGGGACCCCCCACUACUACACGGCCGAGCUGCCCCCCAGCAGCCUGCCUGAAGCCAGCCCCUUCACUGUGGGGGACAACCACACCUACAAUGGCUACUGGAACACCCCGCUGGACCCCCGCAAGAGCUACCUCGUCUACUUCCAGGCAAUGAGCAACUUCAGAGGGGUGAGUACAGGGCUUGAAGAAGGCUGUGGCUGA